AAAGGCACGUCAGUUAGUGGGAGGUACUUUCUGAGUUGAGACUUGAUCCCUGGACUCCUCCCUCUGGAGCUAAACUGUAAAAAUGCCCAGAAAAUGAAAUAAUGUGAAAAUGUGUAUAUUUUAGAAAAAUGCUACUGUGUUAUAAAUAUUUUGUCAGAAUACAAGACCUUUGACAUAGUGAUUUUAAUACAAGAUGGCGGCGCCCACAGAAAUUUUGCUGGGAGUUUGAAUGGAAGCGGAUCAACAUCUAUAAAAAGUUUAUUCUAAUACUGACAUUAUUUGCACAUCAUGUUCCAGAAUUGGACGGCUUUGGGGCUGCGAUGGAGAAGUUCUGUGAGUCGAGUAGCACUUGCUACCGGAAGGUCCUUCACAGAUCCAGUAAGACAUUUCAGCACUACUACUACAGGGAAAAUUAGGAAGUCCAGUUCUGUUCUGCGAUUUUGGGAGCGGGUGCGCGAAGUUAGAUGGCAAGGAAUUGGACGUAUUCAGUGGUGCAGCAGGAAGAAUGGAUUGAUGCUGUUUUUUGUAGGACCGACUCUGGUGACUGUUGGAGUCAGACUCUAUAACAACAUUGCUUAUUGUCAGCUGGAUGUGAACAAUAACCAUCUGCAGUGGCCAUCAAAGAAAUCUGAAGAAAAAGAGCCCCAGUUUAAUUGGCCCGAGUUCUGGAAGUUCUUGCGACCCCAGCUGCUUCUCUUGCUGGCUGCUGUAGUUUUUGCUUUUGGUGCGGCACUGCUGAAUAUCCAGAUCCCUAUAAUGCUGGGAGAAUUAGUAAAUGUGGUGGCACGGUAUACAAGAGAACAUUCUGGGCAGUACCUCAAGGAUAUGAAAGAACCUGCUUUGAAGUUGCUCUCUUUUUAUGGAAUACAGGGCCUCCUGACCUGUGGCUAUAUUGUCCUUCUCUCCAGAGCUGGAGAACGAAUCGCUGCAGAUAUGAGAAAGUCUCUGUUCACCUCGCUGCUCCGGCAAGAUGUUGCUUUUUUCGAUGCUCAUAAAACUGGACAGCUCGUGAAUCGUUUAACAGCAGACAUUCAGGAAUUCAAAUCCUCUUUCAAGCUGGUUGUGUCACAGGGUUUGCGGAGCAUUACACAGACUGUUGGCUGUUUUGUUUCUCUCUACAUAAUCUCUCCUAAACUUACUGUCUUGAUGGUUGUGGUGAUGCCUGUCUUAGUUGGCACUGGUGCUUUGAUCGGCUCUUUUCUGAGGAGGCUGUCACGACGAGCGCAGGAACAGAUUGCUAAAGCGACAGGAGUGGCUGAUGAGGCACUGGGGAAUGUCCGAACAGUGAGAGCUUUUGCUAUGGAGGAUCGAGAAGCCGAACUUUAUUCUGAAGAGGUUGAUAAGUCCAGUCACAUAAGCGAGAGCCUAGGUGCUGGGAUUGCUCUUUUCCAGGGUCUCUCCAACUUUGCUCUAAACUGUAUUGUAUUGGGCACUAUAUUUGCAGGAGGUUCCUUGAUGGCUGGAGAUGAGUUAUCGGCUGGUGAUCUCAUGUCAUUUCUGGUAGCUUCUCAGACUGUGCAAAGGUCAAUGGCAAUGAUCUCUGUCCUGUUUGGACAGGUUGUCAGGGGACUCACAGCUGGAGCAAGAGUUUUUGAAUUUAUGCUGCUCGAACCCCAAAUACCACUAACUGGAGGCAUUAAGAUUCCUUAUUAUUCUUUGAUUGGUGAGGUUCACUUUCAAGACAUUACCUUCAGCUACCCAACAAGACCAGGUCAUGUGGUUCUGAAAAACUUCAACCUGUCACUUCCUCCUUCUAAGACAGUAGCCAUUGUUGGACAAUCUGGAAGCGGUAAGUCAACUGUGGCAGCCCUGCUCGAGCGUUUUUAUGACCCAUCCACUGGUGCUGUCUUCCUCGAUGGGCAUGAUAUCAGAACAUUAAAUCCAUCCUGGUUGAGAGGUCAUGUCAUUGGAUUUAUCAGCCAGGAACCAGUGUUGUUUGGCACCUCCAUCAUGGAGAACAUUCGUUUUGGCAAGCCCAGUGCUACUGAUGAAGAGGUUUUUACAGCUGCAAAGCAGUCCAAUGCUCAUGACUUCAUACAAAGCUUUCCGGAGGGCUACAGAACAGUGGUUGGAGAGCGGGGUGUAACCCUUUCAGGUGGUCAGAAGCAAAGAAUUGCCAUAGCACGAGCCCUCAUAAAGAACCCUAGCAUUCUAAUCCUGGAUGAAGCAACAAGUGCACUUGAUGCAGAAUCAGAGCGAGUGGUCCAGGAGGCCCUUGAUCGAGCAGCUUCAGGUCGAACAGUUCUAGUGAUAGCCCACAGGCUCAGCACAGUCCAAGGAGCAGACCUUAUUUGUGUGAUUGCAAAUGGGCAAGUCAAGGAGGCUGGAACACAUGUGGAAUUGCUUAAGAAGCGAGGUCUUUAUGCAGAGCUAAUCCAGAGACAGACAGCAGAGCACCAGAACUGAGAUAUCAGACACAUCUUCAGGAGAACUAUAUAGCAGCAUGACCAAGAGUCUGUCUGCAAGCUGACAGCUGGAGAUUUCAACUGAAAAUGGCCGAACACUGAGACGGACAAAGAUAAAUCACAGAACUAAAAGCCUUCAGUUUAACUCUACUUUUAAAAAGACAUGAAUACACUAUUUCACAGCAGGAAAAUAUUCUUUAGAUCUGAUGGAUAUUAAUUUUGCUGUGAGAUACUGAAUGUGUUAGGUUUAUUGCAACUCCAGGUUAGUUUUAAUAAAACAAUGAACUGCAACACAUUCUGGAAUAGAUUAAAACCCAAGUUUUGAAAUGUUUUUGUUACCUCUGUGUUGACCUGUUAAUAUGUCUUUUGUUCAAAGUCCCAUCUAAGCAAAUAUGACCUAAAACUCUGUAAUCUAAAUUGGAACUGGGGCUGUAUACAAAGGUGAUGCUAAAAAAACAAUAGAACACAAGGCCUUGCAGGGAUGUACAGACAGGUAGAAACAUUAACUAUGAAAGGAAAAAUAAAAGGGCAGAAACAUG